AUGGCAAACCUUUAUUAUGAUUUAAACGAUUAUUUCUACGAAUCAAACGACUUUCCAAUCGAUGACUACAAACAAGUGAGGAAUUCGCGUAAUUUUACCGGAAAAGUAGUGUUGACUACCGGUUCUAGUUCUGGCAUAGGGGAGGGUAUUGUCAAACUAUUCUCUAUAUUAGGUGCCAGUGUUGUGGUCACCGGUAGGAAUGCCACUGAAAUUACAAGAGUUGUCGAAGAAUGUCAAGAAUUGUCACCAAAUAAAUUGAAGCCAUUAGAAAUAGUGGCCGAUUUGACCAAAACUGAUGACGUAAACAGACUGUUGAAUGAGACAAUCAAAACAUUUGGCAAAUUGGAUGUAUUGGUGAACAAUGCGGGCGUAUUAAAGCCGUCACCCCUAAGAGAUCCAAAUUUUAUGCACGUUUUCGAUCAGACCAUUAGUAUUAAUCUGAGGGCUUAUCUAGAGUUAAGUCAAUUGGCAGUCCCUUACUUGGAUAAAACCAAUGGCACUAUAAUAAGCACUUCCAGUAUUGCAUCAUCACUCCCGGAACCAAUGGGUCUGGCCUAUGAAGUAAGCAAAUCUGGCGUAGAUAUGGCCACCCGGACAAUGGCCAUGGAGUUGGGCCCUACUAUUAGGGUGAAUGCUAUAAAUCCUGGUCUUAUCAUAACAAACAUACAGUCAGGUUUGGAUCCGGUUAUAGUGGAGGCCUUACGCAAGCAAAUGAUAGACCGGACGCCACUAAAGAGAGCGGGACAGCCGUUAGAUGUGGCCAAAGGGGUUGUAUUGGACCGGAGUUCACUACGGGUCAAAUAUUGGCCACGAUUAGAACACCAACUGCCGCCUCAACAGAUAGUAAUGGUGCUGGUCACCGGAUCCAGUUCCGGCAUAGGGGAGGGCAUCGUUAAGUUAUUUUCUGUAUUGGGUGCUAAUGUUGUGGUCACCGGUAGAAAAGAAGAUCAAGUGAAACGUGUGGCACAAGAAGUCCAAGAAUUGUCACCUAAAAAAUUAAAGCCGUUGGCUGUUGUGGCGGAUGUGACCAAAACUGAUGACUUGAAUAGACUAUUGAAUCAAACGAUCCAAACAUUUGGCAAAUUGGAUGUAUUGGUGAAUAACGCCGGUAUCGGGAUGUUUGCCGGCGUUAAGGAUAAAAACUUUAUGAAAGUGUUUGAUCUCAUAAAUCGUGUCAAUCUGAGGGCAUAUUUACGGUUAAGUCAGUUAUCGGUGCCAUAUCUCGAAGAAACCAACGGCACUAUUAUUAGUAUAUCAAGCAUUGCAUCCAUGUUACCGGUCAGUCAUUGUGUGGAUAUGAUGACCAAGGUAUUAGCACUGGAAUUGGGGCCAAAGAUUAGAGUGAAUGCUAUCAAUCCCGGGUUAAUUGAAACAAACAUCAACACCGGUAACACUGGUGUGGAUCCCGAUUUAAUUCCAAUAUUUGAGGCACAAAUGGUUAGCCGCACACCACUUAAGAUGAGGGGUAAGCCACUGGACGUGGCCUACGCUGUCGUAUACCUGGCCUCAAAAGAAGCUCAGUUUGUUAGCGGAGCUAAUCUUGUGGUCGACGGAGGACUUGUCUAUAACGCCGGAGGAAUCACCUGGCCUCAAGUGAUGCCCAUGCUGGUCACCGGAUCCAGUUCCGGCAUAGGGGAGGGCAUCGUUAAGUUAUUUUCUGUAUUGGGUGCUAAUGUUGUGGUCACCGGUAGGAAAGAAGAUCAAGUGAAACGUGUGGCACAAGAAGUCCAAGAAUUAUCACCUAAAAAAUUAAAGCCGUUGGCUGUCGUGGCGGAUGUGACCAAAACUGAUGACUUGAAUAGACUAUUGAAUCAAACGAUCCAAACAUUUGGCAAAUUGGAUGUAUUGGUGAAUAACGCCGGUAUCGGGAUGUUUGCUGGCGUUAAAGAUAAAAACUUUAUGAAAGUGUUUGAUCUCAUAAAUCGUGUCAAUCUGAGGGCGUAUUUACGGUUAAGUCAGUUAUCGGUGCCAUAUCUCGAAGAAACCAACGGCACUAUUAUUAGUAUAUCAAGCAUUGCAUCCAUGUUACCGACUAAACUAGGAAUGGCUUAUGAAAUAUCGAAAUCAGGUGUGGAUAUGAUGACCAAAGUAUUGGCCCUUGAAUUGGGGCCAAAGAUUAGAGUGAAUGCCGUCAAUCCCGGGUUAAUUGAAACAAACAUCAACACCGGUAACACUGGUGUGGAUCCCGAUUUGAUUCCAAUAUUUGAGGCACAAAUGGUUAGCCGCACACCACUUAAGAUGAGGGGUAAGCCACUGGACGUGGCCUACGCUGUCGUAUACCUGGCCUCAAAAGAAGCUCAGUUUGUUAGCGGAGCUAAUCUUGUGGUCGACGGAGGACUUGCAAAGAAUUCACGCGAUUUUACGGGCAAAGUAGUACUCGUCACCGGAUCCAGUUCCGGCAUUGGGGAGGGUAUCGCUAAGCUGUUCUCAGUAUUGGGCGCCAAUGUUGUGGUCACCGGUAGGAAAGAGGAUCAAGUGAAACAUGUACUUGUUAAUAACGCGGGAAUGGGUGUGUUUGUUAGCGUCAAGGAUAAGAAUUUAAUGAAAGUCUUUGAUAACGUACUCCGGAUUAAUCUGAGGGCUUAUGUCAAGUUAAGUCAAUUAGCCAUUCCUUAUCUCGAAGAAACCAAUGGCACUAUUAUUAGUAUAUCAAGCAUUGCAUCAACUCAUCCGACCAAAUUAGCUCUUGCUUAUGAUAUAUCCAAAGCGGGUGUGGAUAUGAUGACCAAA